AUGGCAUCACCAGAGAUAAAAUUAGAAACUAAUAGUACAACUAAUAAUACUUUGACAACAACAAUAGCUGCAACGACAUCUACAAUAAAUAAUAGUAAUAAUAGUAAUAGUAGUAAUAAUAAUGUAAUACCACAAGAGAUAUCUAUAGCAACGACAACUGCAACAUCUUCAACCACAGCAUCGAUGGAAUCAAGUAGCGGUAGGAAGACAAGUAAUGGAUCAUCAUCUUUAUCUAGUACAAUGGCUGCAAGCGAUCCUAUCACUGGGCAGAGUAGAUCGAUAGGUUCAGCCAGUGAAGAUUCAUUAUCGUCAUCGACAUCCUCUUCAACAUCCUCCACAUCAACUACAUCAACACCAUCUUCACCAACAAGCGACGCACAACAACCACCAACAGCAGCAUCAGCAGCAUCAAUGUCAAUAACACAAGACGAUCUAAAUAAAUUACAGAUGAGAAAGGAUUUCUAUUCACAUACAUCAAUGGAAUAUUUAAAAAGAAAUGGUUCACUAUUAAACUUAGAGAGAAAAGGAUUGGUAAAGGAAAUUAGCGCAAAAUUUCAAACACCAGAUACAGCCUCUUAUACUAGAUUGAAUCCAAAUACACAUAUAUCGAUAAAGGAGCGAAUCAUCAAUCUGAAGAAAGAGAAUGAAAAGAAGACAAAGGAUACUGAGAUGACAAAGCGUGAGACUGUUAUAAAGUUGGUGGAUGACCACGAGGUCGAAGCAUUAAAUUCAUCGCCACUCACUCAUAACAUAAAAGAUAGAUUAUACGGACAAGAUUUAAUAAAAGAACAACAGCAAGAUAAUGAUAAGGAAACAACAGUAUUAUCAUCAUCAACUUCGACUUCAUUAAAUAGUUCAACCAAUUCAUCACCACAAACACCAUUAUCACCAAAUUCAACAUCAUCUACUUCCUCAUCGUCAUCAUCGUUGUCUUUGAAGGGAAGUAAGAUAUAUCGUCGUCGUCGCGGUAGAAAUGCGGUUGCUCCUUCACAGCAUGAUAUCAAUAUGAUGAAUUUGAACCACUUUCUCAAUAUUCCACCCAAUCCUAUCCAGCUGAGAGCUGCCACUCCCAAUCAGCCACUUUCAUCGCCAACCAAGGAUUUUCUCAAGAAGAUUCUCGAGGUGCAUGGCAAUGAGGUUGGCGACGUCGCCAACUACCAGCAACACACCACUGGAAGCUCGCCCGACCAGAGCAACGCAGAAACACCACUACGAAUGCGUGUCCUCAAGUCAUCAUUCAAACUGCUCUGCAUUCUUCCCAAUCACACAACCACCACCUUGGUAUGCAAAGGACUGGAAUCGAUUGAGAAUGUUCGUGAUCGUCUCGUUCAACAUCUCCAGCAAUCGACGAGUUCACAGAGCGUCUCGUUGAACGCCGAUGCCUAUGUAAUUGUAGAUAUAAAAGAUCGACCAAUCGAUAACAUUCUGCUGUCGAAAUCAGAGUACAUUCAAAACAGGAGAGCACGUGGACUCCUGCCAAAGCUAAAGAUGAUCGAAAAGUAUCAGUUGAUGGAUCCCGAUGCAUCGUCCGAGUUGAACGAAGCAGAGAACGAUGUGAUCAAAUUGAUUUUGCCAAACGUAAGAAGUUGGCACGGUGAAGAAGUAGAUCACUUCCGACAGAUUGCAGCAAGACUCAGAUACGAACUAUUACCAGACAUCAAGGGAACUGUACAUUCAUCGCUAACCGUCAGAUUAUCGCCACUCCCACUGCCAGCAACCGUAACAACCACCAAAAUCUUAAUCUCCAUAUUCUUACCAAUCUUACAAGUAACAAGAACAGUUGAAAUCGAUGUUAAUGAAACAGCAGAUGAUUUAAUUAGUAGAGUAUUCACUAGAAAUUAUUCGAAACACUUACCAAAUGUUUCACCGAAUGAUUUCAUUUUAAAGGUUAUGGGAAGAGCUGAAUAUGUUCAUGGUCCACAUGUAAUUACCACUUUUGAGUAUAUUAGACAAUGUAUAGUUCAAGGAGUGAAAACACAGUUGGUUUAUGUGCAACGUCCACCAAUCGAGUUGGAUGUCGCACCUUUCAAACCGAGAUACGAAUUCCAAAAGGAAUUCCCAUUGAAAUAUCAUAUUGAAUCGGCACGACUAACUUGGGAUCAAAUGACACACAUUUCAUCGCGUGAAGUAAAACGACCUGUAAGAAUCAAAGCUCUUGCUGCCUAUAAUAUCGCUAGCAGCUAUCUGAGUAAGGAUGACGAUAUCUCUGUUAUCCUAUCGAUGUCGCUCUACCAUGGAAUCGAGUUGAUCUCACAGACCUCCACUCGGAUCCAAACACUUUUGCCACUCUCCUAUUUCGCCAGUACACCAGCUUCACAAUCGAUUAAUUUCAACGAGCAGGUAACAUUCCCUAGCAUCGAUUAUUGCAAUCUGCCAAUUGAAACACGUUUGUGUAUCAGCUUGUAUGCUAGCAGCAACACUGCGUCGUUCUCAUCAAACACAGCGCCAGAGUUGGAAAAUCAGAAACAAUCGUUCCCUAUUGGCUGGGUAAAUAUCAUGUUGUUCGAUCACAAUCGUCAACUGAGGACCGGUCCCGUAACUUUACAUCUCUGGCCAGAUGAUAUUGCCAAUCCACUAUCGCCAUGCUCUUCCAACCCACAGAAUAGCGUUGCGCUCUUCUUGGAAUUCGAACAGUUUUCGAUGCCAGUCGUUUUCCCAACUGUUCUCUACAAUACAAUCUCUGCAACGACACCACCAAUCACCAAAGACAUUCAAGAUUUCUUUGAUUCCAUUAUCCGUGUCGAUCCGCUCAGUGACUUGUCGCGUGAGAAAUACCAACAACUCUGGUCACUUCGCCAGUACGCCAUUCACGUGCCACAGAUUCUUCCACGUCUAAUGCUAAGUGUUCCAUGGACCAAUCCAGCGGCUGUCGAUGAAAUUCAUUCGUUGAUUUCUAGAUGGCCAAGACUGACACCGUAUGAUGCGCUUGCACUCUUGGACGCAAAGAAUGUCGAUUACUACGUGAGGACAUACGCAGUGCAUUGUCUCGAUGCACUAAGUGAAGAGGAGCUACUUGAUAUUCUCCUCCAGCUCAUUCAGGUGUUGAAAUCUGAACCGUUCCACGAUUCUCCACUUUCACGAUUCCUGUUGAAGCGUGCCAUUCUCAGUAGAACGAUCGGUCACCAUUUCUUCUGGUAUCUCAAAGCCGACCUGCAUGUAACCAAUAUAGCAGAGCGUUUUGGCUUGUUGUUGGAAUCCUAUUUACAGGCAUGUGGAUCGCAUCGUGAGGAAAUGGGAAGACAACUUCAAGUCAUCGAUAGUCUGACUGCCGUCGCCAGAAAGAUCAAGCCACUCAAGGAUCAAGACCGUCGCGAGGUAAUGCUGAAGGAACUCGAGAAAAUCGAAUGGCCAAAACGAUUCCAAAUUACGCUGAAUCCUAAAUUCGAAUCGAAUGGACUUAUCAAUCAACGUUGUAAAUAUAUGGAUUCAAAGAAGUUGCCGCUGCGUCUGUCGUUUACCAACAUCGAUAUGGGAGCGGAUACCACCGAAGUUAUUUUCAAGGUGGGUGACGAUCUCCGACAGGAUAUGUUGACACUCCAAAUGAUCAGACUGAUGGACAAGCUCUGGCAGAAGGAAGGACUGGAUUUCAAGCUAUCGCCAUACGGCUGUAUUGCAACUGGCGACAUGAUUGGAAUGAUCGAGGUCGUUUUGAACUCAGAGACAACCGCCAAGAUCCAAAAGUCUGCUGGUGGCGCCACCGCCGCUUUCAAGCUGGAUCCACUCGCCAAUUGGCUACUACAACACAACAAAACCGAACAAGAAUAUCAAAAAGCUGUUGAUACAUUCAUUUUGUCGUGUGCCGGUUACUGUGUCGCCACCUACGUCCUGGGAAUCGGUGAUCGUCACAACGAUAACUUGAUGUGUACGAAACUCGGUCGACUCUUCCACAUUGAUUUUGGUCAUUUCCUUGGAAACUACAAAAAGAAAUUUGGAUUCAAGCGAGAACGUGCACCGUUUGUAUUUACACCGGACUUCUGCUAUGUGAUGGGUGGCAAAGACAGCGCCAAGUUUUUGCAAUUUGUAAACUACUGUUGUAAUGCCUACAAUAUUCUGAGACGUCACGCACGACUCUUUAUGAAUCUCUUUGCCAUGAUGGUAUCCACUGGUAUUCCAGAGCUCCAAUCGAUGGAGGAUCUCAACUAUCUACGUGAGUCAUUCUCACUGGAGCUUACCGAUGAAAAGGCUCGUGAAAAAUUCACAGCACUCAUCUAUGAAUCAUUGACAACGAAAACAACUCAACUAAACAAUGCAAUUCAUAUAUUGGCACAUUAA